AUGUCUUCAGUCACAUUAACAAAAGAAUCUCAUAAAAAUCCAACAAAAUUUAGAAUUAAAUAUGAUGAUUGUAAAGAUGUUUUAGGACCAGAAGAAAAAGCUAAAAAUCAUAUUAAUGAUUCAUUACCAAUACAACAUUCAUCAUCAAAAGUUUCAAUUAUUGGAGCAGGUUUUGCAGGUAUUGGAAGUGCAAUAAAAACAAUUAAAGAUUUAAAAGUUGAUGAUAUUACAAUUUUUGAAAAACAUGAUAAUUUUGGUGGAACUUGGUAUGCAAAUACUUAUCCAGGUUGUGCUUCAGAUAUUCCUGCUUUAUGGUAUUCAUAUUCUUUUGAAUUAACAUCAAAUUGGUCAAGAAUUCAACCUCCUCAAUAUGAAAUGGAAGAAUAUAUAUUAAGAGUAACUUCAAAAUAUAAUUUAAAAGAAAAAGCAAAAUUUCAAACUUUUAUUGAUAAAUGUAUUUUUAAUAAUAAAACUGGAAUUUGGACAUUAUAUGGUCAUAAUAUAAAAACUGGACAAAAAUUUGAACAUACAUCUCAAAUAUUAUUAGGUUGUUCUGGUGGAUUAGUUAAUCCAAGUCAAUUAAAAGUUGAAGGAAUUGAAAAUUUUAAGGGUAAAUAUAUGCAUUCAGCAAUUUGGGAUCAUUCAGUUGAUUUUAAAAAUAAAGAUGUUGUAGUUGUUGGUAAUGGAUGUUCUGCAAAUCAAGUUGUACCUGCUUUAUUAAAUGAUCCUCAAUAUAAUGUUAAAUCAAUUUUUCAAAUUGCAAGAUCAAAACAUUAUAUAAUGCCCCCUGUCCCCAAAAUUUUAUUUUAUUUAUAUCGAUUAUUAAGUUUUAAUUAUUUUACUUUAUGGUUAGUAAGAUUUUUAGUUAUUUUCAUUGCUGAAUUAAGAGUUCCAUUAUAUAAAGGUAAUGGUAUAUUAUCAAGAAUUGUAAGAUGGAUAAAUACAAAAGUUUCAGUAAAUUAUAUGAAAAAAAAUUCUCCAAAAAAAUAUCAUGAUAUUAUAAUACCUGAUUAUAAAAUUGGUUGUAAAAGAUUAAUUUUUGAUUAUAAAUAUGUUCCUGCAUUAAAUGAUCCAAGAAUUGAUGUUACAAAUCGUAAUAUACAAAAAGUUGUUGAAAAUGGUAUUAUAUUAGAUAAUGGAGAAUUUAUAAAAGCAGAUAUUAUAGUUGCAUGUACUGGAUAUGAUAUUUUUAAAUCUUUUAAAUUACCAGUAAGUACAACAGAUGGAUAUUCAAUGAAUGAAUUUUGGGAUAAAGAAGGUCCAAGUGCUUAUCGUACAAUAAUGGUUAAAAAUAUUCCAAAUUUUUUUUUAAUUGGUGGACCAAAUUCAGCAACUGGUCAUUCAUCAGUUGUAAUGGCUAUUGAAAAUGGUAUUGAUUAUUAUUUAAAAGUUGCAAAACCAAUAAUUGAAGGAAAAGAUAAAUCAGUUGUAGUUAAAACUGAAGCUUAUGAUAAUUGGUUUAAAACAAUUCAAGAAGAAUUAAGAAAAUCUGUUUUUGGUACUGCUUUUGGUGGUUGUAUUUCAUGGUAUGCAAGUCAAGGAGUUAAUCCAACUGCUUAUGCUUGGAGUCAAAUUCAUUAUUGGUAUGUUACUCAUUUUCCAAAUUAUAAAGAUUUAAUUUAUAAACCUGAAGAUAAUAAAAAGAUAAUAUAG